AUAUCCUGCAAUUUCAUAACCAGCGGGCCGCACAGUUGGCCGGAUGAAGGUCACAAUUGAAUGCCAGACCUCCCUUGCUCUGCAACUCCGAGCAGUGUAUACAAUGUUGCCCGCCAGCCAUAACUAUACAUAACAUAUAAACGAUACUGAAAUCACCCGCAUUCAAGAAGCCGAUUUAGUUCGGGGUGUAGUUUUGAGGACGAGGCAGUUGGCGAGUGCACGCUGACCUUAAUCCGGCUUCUAGCAAUAAAAGCUGAAUAGUUCUUCCUUACGCAGUAUAUCGCCGUGCCGGCAAGGCGUUCCUUGGACGGGUUGACCGCGCGCAACUGGGCUGGCCCACCUUCACGGCGCUCUUUGACUAGGAUGCUGUCUGGGCUAGACUUGCUGGUGGCGGUUGUUUGGAUUGCCCUGCUCCUGGUCGAGCUCGUCGCUCGCGCGCGGAGGUCGCUCAGUUGCCACGAUGCCAUUGAAAUACGAGAACAUAAACAGCUUGGCUCGCGGACGUCUCUCGAAGGCGACGGUGGCUUCCACCUACCGCUGCCGCCUAAGCGCCGGGCGGCCACCGCCGGGGACCUCAUCCGCCUGCCGCUGGCGCCCCUUAACCUGAUGCGCCAGAGGACCAAGCCAACUGGGCCCGCAGGCAAGGCGCAGCGGGCAGCGGCACAGCCGCCUCGGGCUGCCGCCCAGGCGGCCACCGUGCCUAGCAAGAAUAGCAGUAGUAGCAGUGCCGUGGCUAAGGCGCAAGCCGCAGCCGCAGACAGCAGCGCUCGCCCUAAGGCUGCAGUCAAGCGCAACAAAAGCGUGGAUGUGUGCCAGAACCGAGCGCCGGUCGCUACGGCCGUUGCUGCAACAGCAGCUGCCACCCCGGCCUUGACGCCCAGCGGCACUUCGCUGGCACCAGCGGCUGCUCGAGCUGGCACUGCUGCCGCCACAGCCGCCUCGGCGGCAGUGGCUCGGCAGCCGUCUGUCAUCCGGGGCGUUGUCCCGCCGCCGCAGCUGCUCGCGGGGCUCCCGGCAGCCACCUUGCCUGGCGCAGCGAACCCGACCCCGAAUCCUAGUGCACCUAGGAGCCGCGGCGAUCGCUACAGUGGCCCACGGGUGCCCGCGCCAGACGCGUCGCGGGGCCCGGAGCACCAACACCAGCAGCACCUGCAGCAGCCAGUUGCGGUGGUGAAGACUCCGAGGAGCGGCAACAGCGGUGGCCGUGUGGGCAGUGUGCAGAGUGGCUCCGCCGUGUCCCCUGCAUCAGCUAUGCCGGCUCUCAGUCUGGGCGCGCUGCCCAUGUCGCUAGCAGCACGCGUGCUGCAUACGCGGUCACAGGGCGCUGCACGCUCGGUGUCGGCGUCUCCAGCAGCGGCACUGGCAAGCACCGCAACUGUGUGCCACCGGUCAUCAACCACUCCUUGCGGCGUAGCCGCGGGCUCGCCACCGGCGAAGCAUGUGUCUUCCACCAAAGUUGGCAUCGAAAGGCCCCAGGUGCAGCUGGAUAAGGAGCUGGAGUCACAGCAGCCACAGCCACAGUCAGAGGGCUGCAGCAGCACAAGUGGCUUGGCAGAGGGCGCACCGGAGUCGUCCACGCCUGAUGACCCGGAGGGUGACGUGUGGCUGCCGCCCCCGCCAGCCUGCGGCAGCAGUGCCAGCAGCCCCAGCCAGGGGGUGCUACCCGUGCUGCCGGGCCGUUUGAGCCCGCGGCAGCAGGCGGCCGAGCUGGCGGCGGUGGCCGCACCAGCUGCGUCGCCGCCGGCAGCGCCAGCAGCAGCUGCACCUGUGCUGCAUGCGGCAUUGCUGGUGGCGGUCAGUCCUGCCAGGCCGGCGGCAUGCUGCAGCGGCGUGAUGCCGUCCCAGCAGCGCAGCUCACCACAAGACCAGACGCAGGAGCAGGUGCCGCAGGUGCCACAGGCGCAGGCGCAAGAUGCGGUGCCGCAAGCGCCGCUGCUGGUGCGACAGCUGUCCAUCUGCUGCGCACCCGGCUCCACGCCCUCGGCCCCGACCUCGUUGUCGCCGGCAGCCUCACCGCCGCCGCCGGCAAGCGGCGGCUGGGAUGCGGAGGCGGCGCGGGCCCUGGCCUCAUGCGCCUCGCCGCGGCCGCGCCCGUCCAGCUCGUUUGCCACGCCGCGAGAGCGGCGGUCGCCAUCGUCUGCCGGGAUGUGCUUGGCCGAGCCCGAGCUCAUGCCAAGUGCAGUCUCAGCCUCAGCCGGGGCCACUGCAGCAGCGGCAGCAGCAGCAGCAGGAGCCACCGCCAGCACUUCCCAGGCCGUCAGGCAGCACGGCCGGCUGCUGCGGCAGGUGUCGGCGGGCGCCGCCACGACGCCUGUGUGGGCCGCGCAGGCCGACGCAGACACCGCCGCCUCGGCGACACCCCCGCGCCAGCUGACCGUCAGCGCCUUCCGCACGCCGCCCCGCACACCGCCGGUGUGCAGUCCCGCGGCGCCGCGCGGCUUCAACAUGCUGCAGGCCUCGCCCUUCUCGCCGUCAGUGCUGCCGCCGCCGCCCGCGCUGCCGCCGCCACCGCCCUCGCCGUCCCGUGUCCUGCGGCCGGUGCCGGCGAGCGCAGGGGGCAGCUCGGUACGGCCCAGGGCUCCAGCCACCCCAACGGCUGGGCAUGCGGUGUGUGUGGAGGAGGCCGGACAGGAGGCCGCAGGCGUGCCGCCACGCAGCCCGUCAGUGCUUGCGCGCGCAGCGCACUUCGAGCAGAUCGCACAAGUGCAGGCGGCAGCGGCGGCUGCAGCAGUGACGGCAGCCAGCGUAUCACCCGCACCAUUGCCCUGUGGCGCCAACGCCGCAGCGGCACCGCGUGGUGGUGGACAGCACGGGCCGCGUGUGCCGCGCGGCAGCGGGGGCGGCAGCGCUGCCGCGUCGCGAGGUGUCGCACAUUCCUGUUGCAGUGACAGCCCGGUGUGUGGGCUGCAGCCCUCGAUGUCGGCGCCAGUACUGUGGGCCGGCCCGAGCCUUAUCACUGGUGGCAGCCUCGCGGUUGGCCGGUCGUGCCUCCCUGCAGAUGCGGCUGUUGACGUUAGCUUGAGCUGCGCCCGCAUUGAUACCGGUGGCCAGAGUGGCCUCGGUGGUAUGGAUGGCAGCGCCGGCGGCGCCUCGGCUGACUGCAGCAUCAUGCCGAGCCGCGCGAGCAGCUUUAGCGUUGCCAGCAGCGCGGCGAACGCCAGUCACAUUAGCAGCAGCGGCGGCGGCGUGUGCAGCUCGCGCACCUCCUGGACGGGUUUGGGGCCGGCCUCAGGAGCAUGUAGCCUUGGCGGCAGUAGCAGCCGCAGCCUGGGUGGUGACAUCGCCAGCUGUGGCAACAGUAGUGGCGGCGGCGCGCCGGCAGCCGUUAUUCAUGUGGGUGGCAAUGUUACCCCGACUAGCUCGUAGACUGAAGAAGAGCUGCCAUGCUUUUUGUAGCUAGGCCUCGUGACCAGCUCGUACGUAGGAACCUGUUUUGGUCGUGUCGACUCCGGCAAUCGCAGACUAGGCACGGCGUUUCUUUCUUCAGCGGAUGGCUGCCCACACGCCCGUGUAUCAUAGUGCCCCCGCGCCAAGGCAAGCACAGAACGCGUACGAUCCCCACAACUGCAGAGUGCAGAAAGACGUGACUGCCGCACUUGCGGACUAAGAGAGCAGAUGAUUGCAGUGGAUAGUAUGCGGGGCAGGCUCCGGGAUGGGACACAUUGCUCCCGUUCUGUGUUUUGUAUACCUCAUGCACUCAGUGUCGUUUGGAACAUGUCGACCGUAAAGCUGUGCGCACCUUGACUCAAUCUCAAGAGCGUGUCGCUUUCAAUAAGCAGUAACCCGCCUGGCGCUGGGUGUUUUGCGUUUGUGAUCUGCAUGUGAACCAGGACAGGAUUUCGUGACGUGUCUCACUGCCGGCGGCUUUGUCUUUUGGUGUUUCCGUGUGCGUUUUGAUACCAUUUUUCGGCGUGGGUAAGUUGUCACCAAACUCAACACUGGCGCAAACCGCGAGUGGCCCUGGGCCCAGCAGUUGCGGCGUACAUGUGCGUAGCGUAGGGGGCGAGCAAGGCCGCGUGGAGGAGGACGGCGCGGCGUCGCCCAAGAAGCGGCGCCGGCGUGCAGGUUGAGGCCGGCCAGUAGCUGGUUAGCGGUCUUUGCUGGCAAGCAUAGCACCGCACAGUAUGUGGUAGGCCACAGCAGUGAAGUGUGUUGUGGCUAGAGGAUUUCCUGCGGUUUGGUUGCCCUGUGCUGGCUGUGCUUGUGCUUGACAGCGGGACGUGGCUUGACGCAUGGCGGACCGUGCCCGUCCAAAUCGACCCCGGCUAUGUCCGGGAGAUGAGGUAGACGCUUGCGGCCCCAGACUGGAGACGUUGCGUGGGCUCAGCCCACUUGUCCCUUGCGAAGGAAAACCACAUUUCGUGCCGCGUUGUAUUUUGAUACCGUAAUUGACGCUUCACAAGGGAUGCGCGUGUGUGCAUGUGUGUCACGUACCUCCUGAAGUUGAUGUGCAAGGACGUUGCAAAGAAACGGAGACGUGGCAAAUGAUCAUACGAUACGGUAUGUCGAAAGCAGGAGUCCGCUGGCGCGCUGCAAACCCCAGUCAUGACAAGGAGGUGGCUGUCUUAGGGAGGCAGGAAAAGGGCCGAGCCCUCCCCUCCCGGGUCGUUAUCAAC